UGACUUUUUGGAUUAAGUUAUUUUUCGAAAUCGGAAGUUGUUCGAAUGUAACUAAGAUGGAUAUGAGACUGUCGAUUAUUUUGAUGACUGUAUUAUUUUGCUCAUAUUAUCCAUUUGGUGCUGAAGGAAAUAAUGUUCCUAAAGGAGAAAAAAUUUCUUUAUCUAUUCCAAGUUUGACAGAAGAAGAAAUAAACAGUAACCACAUGCCUUUUCAUAUGAAAUGUGAUGCUUGCAAAGCCAUUUCUUUUCAAAUUCGUGAAGCCUUUGAUAAAAAAAGAAGCUACAGACAGACUGAUCUGGAGCAUCAUGAAAUUUUGGACAUUUUAGAAGAGCUUUGUGGCAAAGGAUUUAAUGAUUAUGGUGUGAAACAAGUUAAUGGUGUUAACAGACUCUCAGGACCAGGUUUAGAAACAGAGCAUGUCAUGGGCAUGACUCAAAUGGGUGGACAUUGGCCAAAUAGAUUGCGAGAUAUGUGCUUCUAUUAUGUUGGAGAAGCAGGCGAAAUUGACAUGUAUGAUACAAAUAAGGAAGGACCAGAGAAAUUAAUGGAAUUAUUAUGUUAUGGAAAAGGUGUUUAUGGCCACUGUAGUCAAUUAAAGUCACCUAUUAAAACAGAAUUAUAAAAAUGUAUUCCUUAUGCAAAUACCAUGAGCACUUAGAAAAUAUAAAUAUACAUUUCAUACUUAGAUUUUGUUGAAAAAACACAUUCUUAUCUGUGAUAUUUUGUUUAGG